GGCGUGGUAGGAGUACAACUUCUAUGAAGUGCAAACACACAAAAUGUUCCUGGUAGUGCACUAGUGUAAUCGGACUCUGGAGCUGUUACUGCAGAGUGUUGAGAGGCCAGCUGAUUACGUCUGCUAAAAUCCUUGGUUACAUCGGUUAAGCUUCACAAUGCUCAGGAGAUUAAUACUAACGCUGAUCGUGAGCUUGAUCGCGGUUACGUGCAGCGGUUUCUCGCCGGACAGUCAUACCAGCCCUCGAGUUUUGGUUCUGCUCGACGAUUUUGGUAUCAAAUCGUCUCACUCUCUCUACUUUAAGGCCUUAGAAAAUCGGGGAUACAAUCUCGAAUUCAAGCUUGCCAGGGAUCCAAAGAUCGCCUUGCAAAGAUACGGCCAGUAUUUAUACGAAGCUUUGAUUCUCUUCUCCCCUUCCAUUGACCGGUUUGGAGGGAAUGUUGAUGCUGCAGCAAUAUUGAAUUUUGUGGAUUCUGGUCGUAAUUUGAUACUGGCAGCUGAUGUUUUUGCAUCUGAUCUUAUCCGUGAAAUAGCUACGGAGUGUGGAGUUGAUUUUGAUGAGGACCCUGCAGCUUCAGUUAUUGAUCACAAAAGCUAUGCAGUGUCUGACACAGAUGGGGAUCAUAGGUUGAUCGCUGCCUCUGAUUUCAUUCAAUCUGAAGUUAUUCUAGGAAGCAAAACCAUUGAGGUGCCAGUACUUUUUCAUGGGAUUGCUCAUUCUGUAAAUCCUACGAAUGGCUUGGUUUUAAAGGUUUUAUCAGCAUCACCAGCAGCAUAUUCAGCCAAUCCAGGGUCGAAGUUGUCAAACCCACCAGCGCUCACUGGUUCUGCAAUCUCUCUUGUUUCAGUUGUCCAGGCUAGAAAUAAUGCUCGAAUUCUGAUAGCAGGCUCUUUAAGAAUGUUUAGCAAUCGAUUCUUUAGAUCUGGGGUUCAGAAAGCUGGAAACCCAACUCGGCAUGAUAAAUCUGGGAAUGAACAGUUUCUGACUGAAAUUAGCAAGUGGGUCUUCCAUGAAAGAGGCCAUCUCAAGGCUAUAAAUGUUAGACAUCAUAAUGUUGGUCAAGCGGAUGAACCUUCUAUGUACAGAAUCAGCGAUGACACGGAAUUCUCUGUUGAGAUUUAUGAAUGGUCUGGAACAAGCUGGGAACCAUAUGUAGCAGACGAUGUCCAAGUACAGUUUUACAUGAUGAGUCCCUACGUUUUAAAAACCUUGUCAACCAACCAGCAGGGUCUCUACCAUACUUCCUUCAAGGUCCCAGAUGUUUAUGGUGUAUUCCAGUUUAAGGUUGAAUACGAAAGGUUGGGAUACACAAGUUUAAGCCUUUCAAAACAGAUUCCUGUGAGGCCCUUCAGACACAAUGAGUACGAGCGGUUCCUUACAGCUGCUUUUCCCUACUAUGGGGCAUCCUUUUCUAUGAUGGCAGGUUUCUUUAUUUUUUCUCUGGCGUACCUUUACAACAAGUAGAGAGGUUUAGAAGCUGAGUUAGAUUGUGCUGGGCAGGAAUAAUAAUAGCUUAGUUUACAAACAGUUUAAUCUUCAGUCAUUUAUAACAAUUUUUAACGACAAAAGUACUGGCACACUGUUAAUGUAGUUUUGAUGUCAACCUAUACUAUACUACGAUGCUGGCUAAUCAAAAGUUCAUUUUUGUUGGGUUUUCUUAACCAGCAAAAUGAAGGAAUUUUUCAUUCGGGAAAUGUUAAUUUCAUAAAAAAUCUCAUCGACACAUCCACACAGAAAC